GACAUCCCUACAAGAGAUGCGUGAUUGUGCCUGAGGGGCCACCGUGAGGACCUGUCACUGGGCGCUGUCCCUGGGACUAUUUUUUUGCUCCAGGACUAAACACCUCAGACUGUGCAUUUGCCUUGGGGUGAAUCUCGGCCUGUCCCUCAAGUUGCCCUCUGGGCUAUUCUGCGUUCCCUGUAAUCAGGGUGUGUCGGUGUAUGACUCGCUUUCAGUUCUUUCCUUCUCUCAUUGAAGAUGGCGGAUCGAGCUGAGAUGUUUUCGCUCUCCACCUUCCACUCCCUCUCCCCGCCAGGCUGCAGACCAUCGCAAGACAUCAGCUUGGAGGAAUUUGAUGAUGAAGAUUUAUCAGAAAUUACAGAUGACUGUGGAAUUGGACUGAACUAUGACUCAGACCAUUGUGACAAGGAAGGUCUGGGGUUUGGGCGCUGUGAUCCCUCCCGUGCUCUCUGCAGCUUCCAGGAGGAUUUCCAAGAGUUUGAGAUGAUUGAUGAGGAGGAGGAUGAGGAAGAUGAGGAGGAUGAAGAUGAACUUCCAGUACAAGAAAACAUAAAACAAAUCGAGGCUCCACCAUCCCCAAGUCCAUCUCCUCUCCCACUUGAGGACUCUUUAAAAAAUAGACCAAGCACUUUGGGAAUCACUGCUCCUCGAACUCAGGACACACUGAACAACAAUGGUGGAUUUAUUUCUCAGAGAGAAAGCUGGCCAGAUCCUGAGAGAAAUGAAACCGAUUUGGACUCCCAGUCUGAGAUCACACAGCCAGAGCAAGACAGCUGCCAAGUUUCUGACAGUGACAACACAGUAACAGAGCUGGAAAUGAAAGAUGACAGUUAUGUGCCCCCCUCUAACAUUCAGGUCCAGUCCACCCAUGGUGGUUUAAGGAGAGGAGAUGCAGAGUUGAGCGUAUCCUCACCCUCUCAAGAUCAGACUGAUGAUCUGAGUCCAGACAGGAGAGUAAGCACAAGGGGCCAUCCUUCCAAUUCCUCCAAUGAAACUACAUCUCCUUCUUCAGAUCCAGGAAUUGAGGCUGAUUUGACCAGUCAUGGUCGAUACCUUUCCUCUGGGCACUGCAGCCAGGAUCUUAGCUCUCCAGGCUCUGAUUCAGAUGUAGAAGGGGAGAUUGAAGCAGCCUUUGCCUGUGAAGCUGGUAGGUUGGUAGGAAAUAUGAUUUCCUCUAUCUCAGAAACAGAGCUGGACCUGAGCAGUGAGUCAAGCAGUGGACGAUCUUCCCAUCUGACUAACUCUAUUGAAGAGGCUAGCUCUCCCACCUCCGAUCCUGAAUUAGACCAUGUUCUAGAUGGUGGCCGUGAAGGCUUAAAGGAAGCUAUUUUAUUGGGCAAAGAAGAGGAGAUUGACCCCAGAGUGGUAGAAAUAGAAGAAAAAUACAGCUCCUGGAAUAUAGACGAGGAAGCUCCACCCCAGGAAGAACCAGCAAAAAAUACAGAACGCAGCCUGGAAAGCUUACGGCGCUCAUUCUACUUGCCUGUUGGGCCAAAGCUAAUGCCAGAACCAGAUGCAAACAGUGAGUAUGAAUCAGACUCGGAAUCAGAGGCUGAUUUAAGUGAAGAUUCAGAUUCCCCCUGGCUGCUCAGCAACCUUGUGAAUAAAAUGAUUUCUGAGGGCUCAUAUCCAAUUACCUGCCCAGAUGAAUGCUUCCAGAGACAAACCAGUCCUUCUUGCGACACACUUUCUCCUGCCUCUGAUUUGGACCCUGAGGCAGUUGAACCAGACCUUGAAACUGAGUUUAGUGCCUCUAAAGAUAUGUCUGCAGAGUUAGAGACAACAGAUCAAAGUAUAGAAUUAGUCGAUAUGGAGACUCUGCAGAACUCCCUCAACCACUUGGAAAAAGAAGAUGCAGGCCCUGCUUUGUAUGUUAUGCAUGACUCAUGUGAUACUGUCACUCCCAUUUAUGAAGGACUUUCACACCACUUGGAGCAAUUAUCCCACACAGCUAAAUGCAGAACACAAUCUCCUGUACAUAGAUCUGAACAAAAAUUAUGGAAUGGAAGACAAGAAACUAUGCAGGAGCCAGCAGAUGGCUGGGAUAUUGACCGUGAUCUGGACUCUGGUAUUCUGGUUGAUAAUGACCUUUGUGAUGACCUUUGCCAAGAACUGGACCAAAGCCAACCAAGCUUGGAUAUAUCCACAGCCAAAACCAACCGGGGCUUUAACUUGGAAUACACUGGGGAGAAAGAUGAUGAGAUUUCUUACUACAGAAGCUUAAAAAACUCUCCCUUUGAGAAUUGUGUUGUAGAGGAAAAUUUCUUGGAACCCCCUUUAACUGAAACACGUUUGAUGGAUGACUCGUUAGCAUAUGACUCUGUAAAAUACACAUUAGUGGUGGAUGAGCAUACACAACUGGAGCUAGUUAGCCUACAAAGGUGUACAUCCAUAUUAAGUGAUGGCAGUGACCUCCUGACCACAUGCAACCCCUGUGACCUAGAAGAAGAUGAUUUUGGUGAUGAAGUAGAUGCCCAAGAACAAGAGUCUUCAUCGGGAGAUUCAUCUCCAGAACCCAACAUGCCUUUUUCCAAGAAAUUUCUCAAUGUGUUUGUGAACAGCACAUCCCGGUCAUCCAGCACAGAUUCCUUUGGGUUAUUUUCCUGUGUAAUAAAUGGUGAAGAGCGAGAACAGACACACAGAGCUGUGUUCAGGUUCAUCCCUCGUCAUGAAGAUGAGCUGGAACUUGAUGUAGAUGAUCCCUUGCUGGUAGAGUGUGAAGAUGGUUCGUGGUGUCGUGGCUAUAACAUGAGAACAGGAGAACGAGGAAUCUUCCCCUCAUUUUAUGCCCAUGAGGUUGUGUGUCCGGUGAAGGAGAAUGUUGUGCUCAGAGGAAAUUCACCUUGGGUCCAGAUGUUUGAUGCCCAGUUUCUGGGAUCUGUGGAGGUACCAAAUCAUCAAGGCAAUGGCAUCCUUUGUGCAGCCAUGCAGAAGAUUGCAACUGCGAGAAAGCUAACAGUACAUCUAAGGCCUCCUGCCAGCUGUGAACUGGAAAUCUCUCUUCGUGGGGUGAAACUUAUCCUGAGAGGCAAUGACCGGCCAGAGGAUGAGCGCUGCAGUCACUUUUUCCAAAUGAAGAAUAUUUCCUUCUGUGGAUGUCAUCCCCGCAACAGCUGUUACUUUGGCUUUAUCACAAAACAUCCUGUGCUGAAUCGCUUUGCCUGUCACGUCUUCGUGUCCCAAGAUUCCAUGCGACGUGUAGCAGAGUGUUUGGGACGUGCAUUCCAAGAAUUUUAUCAAGAAAAUGUGGAGUUUAGUUGUCCAACAGAAGAUAUUUAUCUGGAGUAACCAGUGGCUUGUAAAUAAACAGACGGAAUCCAGGGCAAUAUUGAGAUAAAUCUUAAUGUCAUACUCUUUCAGCAAGAACUCCAGGGGCAGUGAGCCUGCAUGAACCCUGACCUCAAACUUCCCCCAAUUCUUUUAGUAGGGAAUUAUUAUUAUUUCACUGGUACAAAUCAUCUCAUAUUUAUACCAUCUGUUUUCUGCUAAAGACUGCAGAGCACCCCAUGGUAGCUUCUAUCUCUAUCGCUAAAGACUAAAAAGCUUGUCAAUUCCCUCCACUUCCAGCUUUAAACUGCAAAGUAUCUACUGUACAUUAGCCCCCUUACCCCCACCAAGACAUGGUUUCAUUCCUUCAUUUUUACAAUGUACAAAAGCCCCUCAUACAUGCUGCAACACAUAGAAAAAAAACCUUCUGGUCACCCCAUAACCAUCUUAUUACCCAUAAUUCAGUUGCAUAUAACUGAAGAUUAUUGCCGAUGUGCUGAACAUUUCACCUUAACAGCAUUGAAUGCUACAGACUGGUGCAGACCAAUAAGUCCAACUCCUCACCACUACACAUAUACACACACAUACACUCUUCUAGGCCUUGUUUAGGCUGCAGUUUCCUUAUUUGUGCUCCAACAGAUGUGCACCUCAUGACACCAUAGACAAUGACUCUGUAAUUAUUAUGGUAACUCCUGAACUCCUGUCAAACUACUUGCCCAAGCUUGGCUAAGUGAUACUUUAAUUACUUAUCACUUUGUUCUCCCUUUGUGAUGUUUGGCAGCUUGUCUUUCUAUUAUUCCUUUGUACAAUAUGUGACCUGCAGCUCAUUGCUAAAAUAACCUAACUGGUGAUCUGCAGCUUACUGCACAAAACUAGCGGUCCUUUCAUUGAUCAGUAGGUCACAGCUUGCCCCUCUAGCAGCGCUGCCGGUGAAAUCUUCGGAUGUUUUCACUUCUUUAGGAGCGGCACAUCAUUGCCUUUGAUAAUGUAGCUCUGGGAUCUACAUCACGGGCUAUAAAGCAUGGAGACAGCCACCUUAGGUAUCUAGAAACUAUAGUGACAUUUUAUAUCUGACUUAUCUAUUAUUAGGAACAAUAAAGGUAUGUAUAAUAUGGUUUAAUAUGGUUCAAGGGUAAUUUCUAAAGUGGUACAAGUAAAAUGCUGAAUAUAAUACAAACAGGAUUAAUAUCAGGAGCACUAUAAAAUGUGAUAUUUACACAGGCCCAGAUUUACUUUAAAGCUAAAGAACAAAUUGUAUGCCGGAGCACAUUUCUAAUCAACAAUGGGACUUGUCUUGUUGCAUUACUCCAAUUCAUAGCACUGCUUGAUUAUGCUGAAAUCUCAUGAGAAUAUACUUUAAUUCAUUUUAGAUACGUGGGUAUAAGGUCCUCCUCAAACUCUAAAAUCAUAUGACGAUCUGCAUUAAAAGCACUGACUUGGCCGCAGUGUGCCUGCAAGUAAUGUUUAAACCAAUGGUAGUUACAAGUGGUCUAGAACAGAGAUUAUAUAGGCAGCUGACAGCACAUCCUGAUGCUGGUAGUUCCAGUUUAACAGUGCUUAGGGGGAUGCAGAAUGGGCACCCUGACCUUAUGUGUCAAAUCUAGAUGUGCCAUAUGUUUUCAAGGCAUGAGAUGAUAAACCAAAAGCAUGCUUGCAUGUGUAUAUAUAUAUUUCCUCCAUUUUUCCUAACCCUUUGUAAAUCUGGGCCAUAGGCUGGGAACAUGACUUUUAUUGAUUAAAAGAAAACUAUACCUAAAAUACAGUAUCCAUGCCCUGAAUAGGAAUAACAGUUUCUUGGAUAGAUUGCGUUUGCUGCGGUUUUCCUUUGCGGCCAUUGCUUUUUAUUCUGCUGGAGAUUGUCCAUCUCUUUCUUUUGUUCAGUCUUGUCACAACCAAUACUUAUACACCAACAAUUUACAAUAUAGCUUAGUGAUAGUUUUCUCUUUAACUUUUAAAGAGUCACCAUGGGAAAAGUCAGAGAAAAAAAAACCUAUGUAAUAUCACAUGGACUUAAAAAACAGCAAUUAAAGGAAUAGUAAUCUUUGUUAGGAUAGCCAUUUAGCAAUAUAAUAGCAGUGAAAUAAACCUGUAUGUGCUGAAAA